UACAGUAUUAUGAUGUAGGAACUUAUAGGUCUGUAGAUAGCAGAUUCAAUUUACCGCUCAUGGCUCAAAUAGUAAUUAUGUUGCCUUUUCAUGGAAAUAUUUUGCAAUACUCCGACUCAUGUGCGGAGAAGGUUGUUUUGCAAGCCUUCAGUGACAUGAGGCGAGAAGAUGCCAUUUCAGUAUGGUGUGAAGAUAUAACAAAAGCAGCUAUUCGUCUCGCUGGAACUUAUGACAAUUUCACUCAAAAGUUUUUCGGUUAUGUGCUUUGUGAAGCGUUAGAGAAAUACACAGAACACCAUGCGUUGGUUCAUCACUUAUUGCCGUGGGCUGAUAAAUUUUCAAAACAUCUUAUAUCCAGUUCUCUUGAGACAUUUAAAGAAUGUACCAAUUUAACUGAAGAAAUAUUUGCUUCAUCAAGAGUCGAACUUCGUAAAAUUGCGAAACAACAAAAGUUUGAGGAAUGGGCUAAUAAUGAAGCAAGUGCAAUCAUUAAUUGUGGAAUAAGUAAAUUUGAAAAAGAAAACUGUGACAAUGGGAAAAACAAGUUUUCUCCUCAACUCUGUAUCAGAAUUCAUAGGAGCAGCAUUGAUGAUUCACACGAUUCAUAUGCGCAAAAUUUUGUCGAAGAUAUCUUUUCUAAAUUGAAGAUUGGAGAUUCCCGUCAGCAGCAUUAUCAUCGUCGGCCAAGACCGCUGUCAAAUUCUUCGCAAUCAGAUAAAUCUCCUCACUGUGGAAGCUGUGAAUCAAUUUCAAGUGACUUAAUGAGUCCUCAAUCCACUGCUGAAUCAAGAGGACUUCAUCAUUUUGCUGAUAAAUUAUUAUAUUCGUUAUCUGCAUUAGAAAAAGGAUCUAGUGAAUCAAUCAGUAGUACAGAAACAACAGACACAAAAUCAUCAAUAGUAGACUGUUAUAGAAGAUCAAGUGCUCCUGAAUUAAGAGUGUCAUCAAGAAAAUCGAGCUUAAAGACAGUGUUUGAAGAAAUGCCACCAUUACGAUUACCGAGUUCAUCAGCCAAUCAAAAAUUUGCUGGAUUGAAUCAAAAUUUGUUAGGACGGCGUUUACGCAGUUCAGAUGAUCGCAGAUGCGCUUCUAUGGAAAGUAUAGAAGAUAUUUCGAAACAGGUUUCAUAUAGUGAAUCACUUGCCAAAAAUAUUUUGUCUAGUGUUUACAUGGAUAUAUUGUGAAAUCAUAUUAUUUACGUAAUCUAUUUUUGUCUGUGUUAUACUACAUAUAAUUGUGAGUUCCUUUGCUUCUAUUUUAUAUUACUGUUCUGUUGAAAUUUAGUUUUCCUGGCUUGAAAAAAUAUUAAACCUUUUUGUUUUUUAGUAUCAGAAUCUGCGCGUGAGCAUGGGCCGAUCAUAACAUAGACAUAAAUUUAUCAAUAAUUGCAAAUUGCCAGUUAUGAAAGUGAAAGUAAAAUGGAAUUGAGCUAGUUAGUUGCAUUGAUUGUUUUAUAUAACUUUGCUGCACUGUUAUUUAAGUUGGUGUGACUGCUGUUGACUUAUGUAUUGUUUGUCUUAAUUUGGAAUUGCGACAAUUAGUUGUUAAAUUAUGGAUGAAUAUUCAAUAUUCAUAACAAAAUAAAUGUUAAAUCUAGUUUGGUUACCUGUAGCUUGACCCAUGUCAUGGAUGAGUCUCCUAUAAUUCGGAAUGAGUGCGCUUGACUUUGCCUGUUCUUUUAAAAUAUGGUCGAGAAUAUAUACCUUUCUGAUGGUUUUCUUGAAACAAAUAAAAUGUUACUGUUUCUUGCUUGCCCUUAAUCCUAGAAUUAUAGAAAUUAUUGCCGAGAGAAUGUUUUCAGUGGUUUGCCUCAACUCGCCGUUCCAGGGUUUAAAUUGGUUUUAACAACUCUCAAACCAUUUUUCUAGUGUUUUUAACUUGCUUGCCCUAUUGUGCUUGUAAUUUUAUUUUGUCAUUUAGUUUGCCAUUUUUCCAAUUCAAGUUACUAUUCAUUUUCAUACCAUUUCAUUAAUACAAAUUAUUUAAGAGAAAUUAGUAUCUGUAAAAUCUUAACUAAUUAUAUAAUAUAAUUAUCACUGCAGUGUCAAAUAUAAAUACUCGUUUUUGAGUGUGAAUCAAGUUUACGUACUGUUUUAUGUAUAUGUAUAUAUAAUUAUGUGUAUAUUAAUUUUUAAAUUUGACGCUUUAAAUAGUAUAAAUAUAGAAUGCAGUAUUUAGUUACAUAAUGUAUGAUAUAUAGUCGGAUUUAUUAUGCGUAAUUGCCAAUGAACAUUCAGAGCCGUGUUCACUUAUCACUUUUUCCAAAACUAAAUUACUGAACACUGCUUGAUAACAGUAUUGGCUGUUGUCAACACCAUUUCUUAUAAAAUUCUAUAAUAUCAUCAGUUGUGAUAAAUGAUAAUUUCAGUAGACUAUAUUCAGUAGACGGAAUCAAUUAGCUAGUCUGUUUGUAGCCCUCAUCAACAUAAUAUCGUUGUAUUAGCUGUAUGUAGUGCACACAGUAUUGAUUUUUGUUACGUAUUACUAUCAUGUGCUUGUUUCGGAAGGAUUUUGGAGAAUGCAAAUACUGUUUUCAGAAUAUCUAAUCUUGGCAGCGUUCUAUAAAAUAAUCGAUUCCUAGCAUCAUAGAAUUAAUUCACAAAUAACCUUCAAAUGUUGUAAAUUUUGUAAUUUAUUGCAUCAGUAUUGUUUUGAGAUAUGUUUGUUUGAAUAUGCUUCAAAAGUGUUAUAAAUUCUAGCAAUUAAUUUACAAAUUUGAUUUUAAAGAUAAUCAAGAAAAUUUUUAUUCCAAAAAUUGAUGUUUUCAACGAUUGAAGUCUUGCAGUAAUUCAAUUUCUGAAACUAUAGAAACAGGAACUAAAUCUGGGAUGGGAAACUACUGCCCUACAUGUGUUCCACCAUAGCAUUUUGUGCCCCCCUUGAAAGUUCCUUUCAUGGACGUUAUUUUUGCUGUGUCAUAUAAAUUUUUGUCAGUUGAUGUUUUCACUUCGUAAAACAUCUUACAUAUUAAAUUUCAACUGAUUUUAGCUAUAUGAUAUGGUCUUUUUCAAUUCGUUUAACCUCAUAACCACAUUACCAAACUUUAUCAAGGGUUAUCCUAUCUUAUCUUACAUCAUGUGACUUAAUUUAUAGAAACUAAUUUUUACAUUCAAAUAAAUAAAUCACACUGUGAUCAUAUAUUGAAAGAGGAUUGUUCCAUAAGAAUAUUUUUUGUAUGACUUGUUUGGCCUGAACAAACUGAGUUUGUGAGAGUAUUGAAAAUUUGCUUCUAUCGUUUUGUUGAGGUAUAUUAUAAUAUUUUGACCAAUUUGCUGUUUUAUUGCUUUUUAUAUUCUUAUUGCUGUUUGCAUCUGGUCCUAUCUCUUUUUGCCCCUACAUGCUACAAGGCAAGAGGAGAAAUACCCCUUCACUCCCUAUGUUCAUCAAAGCCAUAAGAACCCCUUAAUAGAAAAAAAGUUCAUUAUUUUUUGUCAGCAAAAUACAAAUGAAUAUUUAAAUAAUAAUAAAUCAUACAGCACUUAUUUUGGUAUAGAUUGGGAAAUGGCGAUACGACCAAAGGUCAUCUAGCUGUUAUUAUGUCUAUAUGAUCUCGAACAUUAUAUGUAUAUGUAAUUACACGCCGGUAAAAUUUGUAUCCUCGGAAAAUUUUACAAAAAACAUCAUGUAACAGUACCUAUAAUGUAGCACUAUUUUGCAAAUGACUGAUGUCUUGGUCAAUGCCACAUACUCUACAAAAAUGCCAAUGUCCUUACCAUAGUACGUUUAAUUAAUCAAAUAUCCCUGGAAACUCUUUGUAUUCUAGCUUCCCUAAUUAAAAGUUUCAGUACAUAUUUAUCUUGCCAAAUUACACGAUUUUUCAUUCUGAAAUUGUUAGCGCAACUAAUUGAAAACAAUUUUCUAAUACCGUAUUUUACAGACCAUAAGGGCUCAUUAAAUCUUUUUUUCUCAAAAAUCGAUCGUGCGCUAAUGUACUGAUCAUGUAGUGCUUUAUGCUACACUCAAAAUAAGGACUGGUAAUAUUGUUUUAUGAAUAAACCACCGUUUUCAUUUUCUUUGAAUUAAAUACAAUAUCCAUAAAAAAUUGAGAUUUUUUGUUAAUUCAAGCUUUGUAUGAUAACCUGAAACUACUUAAAUCUGCUUAUAGCACGGUGUGGCCUUAUGGUCGUAAAAUACAGUACUGCUUUUCUUUAUUUCAUGUUUCAUCAUGGUAUUGAAAAGUGAAGUUUUAUUGUUUACUGAUUAUAAAUGAUCAACUGUGUUCACAUUUAUCAAAACUGUAUCCUCAUUUUUUUGAAAAAGUGAAUUGUUAUUAAACUUAUUUCAGAUUUAAAUAAUUCAUCUAAGUUACACUAUUGUAGUACUUUAUUUUGUUCAUAGCAAAGAAUCACCCAGAAAAUUUUUUUAGUAUAUGAUCCAUUCGAAAUAUAUUUUGAUAUUGGAAGAAAUUGUUUUCAUAUUUCUUUGAAAUUAUUAUUUCGACCAUUUUUGUAGUAAAAUCAGGAUGAAAUUUGGCAUAUAUCAUCAAAAUAAAUCCAUUCAGAUAACGCUAAGACAGAAUAUUGAAAUAUCAUAUAAACCUAAAUUAUUCUGCAAUCGUGCCACCUUUUUAUAAUUCAUCAUUAUUGUGCUUCCAUUGUAUUGUGUAAUAUCCGGUAGAGAUUUAUACUAAAUUAUAACUGGUCAAAUGUGGAACAAAUAUGGCCGAGGAUAAUUUAGCAUGAAAUUCUAUGCCAUUGAUUUCAUUGUUAUGUGAAUGUUUUGCCAAAUAGCGUUAUUAUUUUCAUGCCUCAUGACAUUAUUACUAUCUUUUUGUUAUAUUCAUCUGCUUAUUAAAAUAAAUUGGUGUCAAUUGAGUUA